CGGCUUUGAAAUCUCCAGAGAGGAAAAAAGAUGACGAGCAUUGGAGAAAGUGCUGCGACAAGUAUUUUCCAGAGAUUAAUGGAUAAAACCAUCAAGGAGGCUAGGUAUUUUCUUGAUUUUGAUUAUCACGUUCAUAACUUUGUGAUAGAAAACAACAGUUUGGCUGCAAAGCAGAAAAAAGUACUAAAAGAUAUUGAAGAUGCCCAACGAAAUGAGAACGAAAUUGAAGAUGAAGUUCAAAAUUGGAUCGAGGAAGCUGAUAAUCUAAUUCAAAAGAACACUAAAAUCAAGCAAACAUGGUCUUAUGGUUGGUGUCCUUAUUGGAAAUACCAGCAAGGGAAGAGUUUGGCAAAGAGGACGGUAAUCAUUAAAGAUCACAUCCAAAGAUAUAACUUUGAAAGAGUGGCUCGUCCAGGUGAACUUCCAGGUAUGAAGUACCACGCUUCAAAAGACUACAUUGACUUUGAGAGUAGAAAGUCAAAAUUCAACCAACUUGUGGAAGCAUUAGGAGGUGGAAAUCAUCACAUGAUUGGAUUGCAAGGAAUGGGGGGAACGGGCAAAACCACAUUGGCAACACAAGUGGGCAAACAAGUUGAAGAAUCCAAAGUGUUUGAGGAAGUCAUCUUUGUUGUUGUGUCCAACCCUCCGGAUGUUAACAAGAUUCGAGGUGAAAUUGCAAGGCAAUUAGGUUUGCAUUUAGAGGAUAGAGUUCAAGAAGAUCACUCCAAGCUUUUGUGGUCUAGAAUUUCUAAAAAUGAAAGAAAAUCGCUUAUAAUAUUAGAUGAUGUCUGGGAGAAGCUAGAUCUUACAGUCAUUGGGAUUCCAUCUGGACUUGAUCAAAAGAACUGCUAUGUUUUGAUAACCACUCGCUAUUUAAGCGUUUGUCGAGAAAUGAGAUGCCAACCAAUAGUUCAACUACAAAUAUUGGACAAAGAGGAUGCAUUGCAUCUUUUUCUGUUUCAUGCUACAAGUGAUGAUGAUGGUUCUUUAAGUAAUGAUGUGAAGGGUCUUGCGCGAGCUUUUGUGAAGGAGAGUGGGGGAUUACCAGUUGCGAUCAUAGCACUAGCUAGUACAUUAAGAAGUUGGCCCAUUGCUGAAUGGAAUGCAGCUUUGACAGCCUUAAAAAAUUCUAAGCCAUUUGUUGAUAUUGAUAGAGAUUUGGUGACUGUUUAUAAAUGCUUGAAAUUAAGUUAUGAUAAUUUAAAUGAUGAGAAGGCCCGAAGGCUUUUUUUGGUUUGUUCUAUUUUUCCGGAAGACUAUGAAAUUCCUAUAAAUCUUAUUUUUAGACUUGGUAUAGGAAUUUUUGGGGAAUUUGAAGAAUAUUGUGCAGCAAGAAGCCAAGCACUUGGAGUGAAAAAUAAACUCAUAGCUUCUUCUUUGCUACUGAAAGUUGAAAAGAAAGAAUGUAUAAAAAUGCAUGACUUGGUUCGUGAAGUGGCCCAUUGGAUAGCAAAGGAAGAUAUUCAAGUGAUCAUGGAUUCAAGAAUGACUUUAAAAGCAAACAAGCGAUAUGCGUUUUGGAGUGCCUAUGAUUUUCCUGAUAAGUUUGAUGAUACAGAACUUGAGAUUCUCUUUCUUUGGAUAAGUGGAAGUGAUCUGGUGAAAGACUCAAAUGCAUUUUUUGCACGAAUGUCCAGGCUUAAAAUCCUGUUUUUACUCAGUGAACACGGUAGAAAGGCUCCCACUCCAUCAUUGUCGCAGUCACUUCUUUCAUUAAAGAAUAUUCACACUCUUAUUUUGGAUGGUUGGGAACUAGGCGACAUCUCAGUUUUGAAGAGUCUACAAAGUCUUGUGACACUUGAGUUAAAAAAUUGUCUAAUUAUUGAAUUGCCCAAAGGCAUCAAGGAACUAGAGAAGUUGAGAUGGUUGGGGCUAAGGAAAUGUGAGAUUCAAAAGAACAAUCCUUUUGAAGUGAUUGAAAAAUGUUCACAAUUGGAAGAAUUGUAUUUCGUCGAGAAUGACAAUGUCAAAGAUUGGAAGCCAGAGGAUGACAAAGAAAUUGAAGAUGAAAUUGCCUCUAAUAUAUCUCUUUCUACAUUGCAGGUUUUUUUUAUUGCUUGUGAUGGCUUGAAAAGUUUUACUACUAAUGAUGAUAAUGGCUUAUCAAAAUGCUUCAAUUCAGAACAUAUGAAACAUUUAAUAUCAGAAGCCAUGUUUAAGUACCUUGUGGGAAGAGCAGAAGUUCUUGAGCUGGGAAAUUUAGGACAAACAGGGUGGAAAAGUCUUGUCCCUGACAUUAUUCCUAUGGAAGACGAAGGCAUGGAUAAUUUAAUGAAGCUUUACUUGUAUGAAUGGGCUGACAUAGAGUGCGUUAUUGAUAGUAAUAAGUGUCACUGUUGUAACAUGACAGUCUUCUCAAACUUGAUUGAGUUGCAUCUGUAUAGUGUGGAUGUAAAAGAAUUAUGUGGGGGUGCUAUGCCUCCAGGCUUUCUUGAGAAGUUACAGAUUUUAAAGUUAGAGGGUUGUAGGAAACUGCAAAACAUAUUCUUAGAUGAGACUCUCAAACUACCUCAUUUGAAGGUAUUGAAAUUGAAAGAUUGCCCAAUGUUCCAACCAUCAAUUUUCAAACCCUCUAUUGCUCAAAGUCUUGGGCGAUUGGAAGAAUUAGUAGUUGAACAUUUUGCAGAAUUGAAAAGUUUAAUUGCAGAUAAGAGGUCGGAAGAAGAAAUGAGGGUUGUUGAUGAUCAAAAAAGUGAUGGCUUAUUGUUUCCGGCAUUAGAGUCUCUUAAAAUUAAAAACUGUGGCAAAUUAGAAAAGGUAUCUUCAUUCCUUCUAGCUGGAGACCUUCCCAAUUUGACAGAUUUAUCUAUAGAUGAUUGCGCAAAGCUAAAUACAUAUUCAGUGAAUAUAGAGGUCAAGUUGUGCAACAGGAAAUCAAAAUGCUCCCUUCGCUAG